AGUGUCACUUGGUCAGCUGAUUGCGGGUCUUAAAGCUUCUCGGCUAGUACUGCUAGCCAGCUUAGUUAGCCUAGCCUAGCUGGAUGUUUGUUUUUGUUAACGUUACUACAUAGGUCGUUUUUAACGAAACCAGAAACUUAAAAAAAAUCGUUAUAAUUUAACGCGUUUCAAACUGCUCUACUGUCGCUCCCGGUUCGUUUCGCGGCGUUAAGUUGGCGUUAGUAAGGCAGUAAUUAUUGUGGCUGGGAGGGUAGGGUGAAGUUGCUCUCCGUGUAUCUGCAUUGCAGCCCGGUGCUGCUGAUGGAAUUCAAACACACAACAAUGGCGACUCCCAGUCCUAACAACUCAACAACACCUAGCAGCCACAACAGCAGCAAUAACGCAGGAUCUGCACCACACCACCACCACCAGUCCCAGUCUCAGCACAUUACUACAAUGAGCAGCAUGCAGGAGUCCAACACCUGCUGGAGAUGUCAGAGUGAAACAGGGUUUCAGAUAAACCUGUCUGGAGCUCCCCCAAGUAAACGCAAAGCCCUGAAGCUGAACUUUGCCAACCCUCUAAUCGCACCCACGACCAGAUUCACACUGAACACGGCCGGGCCGCCCUUUCAGAACCCGCACAUAGAGAGGCUGAGAACACACAGUAUCGAGUCAUCAGGAAAGUUGAAGAUCUCUCCGGAGCAGCACUGGGACUUCACAGCCGAGGAUCUCAAAGAUCUGGGCGAGAUCGGCCGAGGGGCUUACGGCUCUGUCAAUAAGAUGGUGCACAAGCCGAGCAACCAGAUCAUGGCAGUCAAGAGAAUCCGGUCGACAGUUGAUGAGAAGGAACAGAAGCAGCUGCUGAUGGACCUGGACGUGGUCAUGAGAAGUAGUGAUUGUCCUUACAUCGUGCAGUUUUAUGGCGCUCUGUUCAGAGAGGGGGACUGUUGGAUUUGUAUGGAACUUAUGGCUACCUCGUUAGACAAAUUUUACAAAUUUGUAUAUUGCUCAUUAGACGAAGUGAUUCCAGAAGAAAUAUUAGGAAAAAUAACAUUAGCUACUGUGAAGGCACUUAACCACUUAAAAGAAAACUUGAAAAUAAUACACAGAGACAUUAAGCCGUCAAACAUCCUCCUGGACAGGAACGGCAACAUAAAGCUGUGUGACUUUGGCAUCAGCGGUCAGCUGGUGGACUCUAUCGCCAAAACCAGAGAUGCAGGCUGCAGACCAUACAUGGCACCGGAACGAAUAGACCCCAGUGCGUCCAGGCAGGGCUACGACGUCCGUUCAGAUGUUUGGAGUUUGGGAAUCACACUGUAUGAGCUGGCCACGGGGAGGUUCCCUUACCCAAAAUGGAACAGUGUGUUUGACCAGCUGACCCAGGUGGUGAGGGGAGACCCACCACAACUCAGCAACUCGGAGGAUAGGCGCUUCUCUCCCAAAUUCAUCUCCUUUGUCAAUGUGUGCCUUACAAAGGAUGAGUCGAAAAGGCCAAAGUACAAAGAGCUACUGAAAGAUCCGUUCAUUCAGAUGUACGAGGAGCGCUCGGUCGAUGUAGCGGGUUACGUCUGCAGGCUCAUGGAUCAAAUGCCAGCGUCUCCCAGCUCGCCUAUGUAUAUGGACUGAUAGCACGACAAGAUAGAAAUACAUCAAUAAAUAUACACCAGUCUGCAACAAUAAAUACACUAAAAAAAAGACAAAGUAAACAAAACAAAUCCUUGUGUAAAUUUGCUUGGUCCCCUUAUUGCAGUGUUAAAAAGAGAAUUGUAAAGCCUAAAAAAAAAACCAACACCAUUUGCAAUAAAAGUGGUGUUCAUUUCAGUCAUGUCUGUAUAAUAUAUCAACACUUCUGUUUCUCUCUUGUUCACAAACACAGACGCACAGUCAUGUAAGUAUAAUAGCAGCUGAAUCAAUCAAUCAUAUGGUCUUGACUCAUCUUAAAGAGGACACAUCUCAGUGGUUAGUACAGUGAUUUAAGACAAAAAAAUAAUAAUAAUAACGUGGAACUUGUAUUUAUAGAACCAGAAAAAAAAUCGUGGAGUAUUUGAUUUGGAGAUUCUUCAACAUACUGGAAUCAUGCUCUUUGUGAAUUGUCCCACCUCUUCCAUGUGCGUAACUGAAAGCAUUGUGUUUGGUAUCUUAAUGGAACUUUGCUUCUCUGGGUAUAAAGCAGUUAAAAAGUGUCGGUGGUCAGAAUCAUGGUAGACCUGCAGUUCAGUCAGUGCUGAGAGGCUGCUGUCCUCACUGUACAGUGGACUAUAUGCUGAUAUAUGAAUAAAGAAAGUCAAAGGAAAA